CCCUGGGGACUUGGGGACAUCGGCACGGCCCCUCCGACGCCCCCCAGCCUGUGCUGGCGGGACAGGAGCCCCACGGCAGCCCAGGGCCAUGGCAGCCCAGCUCGGAGCGGGGUGUGAGAAGCCCUUCCACAUCGUCUCGCCCGUCCUGGAGAGCCUGCCCUUGUCCCGGGCGGCGGGUACCAAGGUCUACAUGAAGCUGGAAAACGUCCAGCCCACGGGCUCCUUCAAGAUCCGAGGCAUCGGGCACUUCUGCCAGGAGGCUGCCAAGAAGGGCUGUCGCCACUUCGUUUGCUCCUCAGGAGGUAACGCUGGUAUGGCAGCAGCAUAUGCAGCCAAGAAGCUGGGGUUGCCUAUCACUGUUGUGGUCCCCAGCACCACCAGCACCACCACUGUGAGCAAACUGGAGGAGCUGGGGGCAAAGGUGGAAGUCUCUGGUCAGGUGUGGGAUGAAGCCCACGGGAGAGCCCUGGAGCUGGCAGAGACUGAGGGCUGGGUCAGCGUCCACCCCUUUGACCACCCCUUGGUGUGGCAGGGUCACGCCAGCCUGGUUCAGGAGCUGAAGGACUCUCUGGAGACCAAGCCAGAUGCCGUGGUGCUGGCUGUGGGUGGUGGGGGGCUGCUGUCGGGUGUUGUGGCUGGGCUGCAGCAGGUGGGCUGGCAGGAUGUCCCCAUCGUGGCCGUGGAGACCUGGGGGGCUCACAGCUUCCAGGCAGCGCUGGCAGCCGGCCGCCUCGUCUCCCUGCCCGCCAUCACCAGCGUGGCCAAGUGCCUGGGAGCCAAAACGGUGGCAGCACGCGCGCUGGAGUGUGCCCGGGAGUGCCGGGUCAUCUCGCAGGUGGUGGAGGACACGGAGGCUGUGCGAGCCGUCGAGCAGUUCCUGGAUGACGAGAGGAUGCUGGUGCAGCCGGCGUGCGGGGCCGUCCUGGCCCUGCUCUACUCCGGGCGGCUGCAGCGGCUGCAGCGAGAGGCGCUGCUGCCGGCCCCGCUGGCCGCUGUGGCCGUGGUGGUGUGCGGGGGCAGCGGCAUCCAGCUGGCCCAGCUGCGGGCCCUCAAGAGCCAGCUGGGGCUGGAGUGACACGGCGGGGGCCCGACCGGCACCCUCUGCUUGCUUUCCUUCCAAGGGGUUGGGGGGAGUGAGGGACGAUGCGGGUCCAGACCCCUCCCGCAGCCGCUGCCGCAGCGCAUUAUCCAUGCGGGGAUGGAGAAACUGAGGCACAAGAGGCGGACGAGACCUGCUUGUGCCGCCCUGCCUGUCCCGGGCAGGACUGGGGUACCCAGGUCCUUCUCUGACCCCACGGAGGGGUCGGGCAUCCUCCUCCCCUAACCCUCAGUCCCUCCUCCCCUCCCUGCUCCUCCCCAAGCCGUUUGGGCUGCAGCUCCCCGCCUCAAUUAGCAAACGCUCCCUCUCUGACUAAUUGCUUCGCUACUGUCUUUAUGCAUUAUUAUUCUAAUGAUUAUUAAUUCUUGCAGCCUUCUCCCCUCCCCGGCGCUCGCUGCGGUCACAGCACCGCGCAGGGACCCGCUUGUUAGGGGGGAUUUAGUGGCUGAGCUCCCGGUGUGUUUAACAGCCGCGGGCUCCGAGGUGAACUGCCACACGUGUGUGUGUGUCUGUGUGUGUGUGUGUCACAUUUCAUCCCGGAGCUCUCAGGAUCCCCCUCUUCCCCCCAUUCUACUCACUUUUCCUAUUCCCCCCUUGCUUCCAGGCUUUCCUGCUCUCCCCAUUCCCACUCUCUAGUGCUGCCUUUGCUUUUAGCUCUUUGCUGUUGCACCUCUCCGGGUUUUCCAAGUCCCCUCAUGACAUCUCUCCCCUCCUUCCUUCCUCUCCUCCUCAGGUACUGAGGCGUCUGUCUGUCACUGGGGCUCCUCAGCUGAGCCCAUGCCCCAAGCCUCACCUGGUGAGGUCAAGCAGGGAGACAAACUCUCUCCUGCCCCAAAACCCCUCUCAGCCUCCCCCACUCUCACAGCAGAGGGGGCUCAGCCCCAGCAUCAGCUCACACUCCAGGUCACAGACAUCCCCUACAAAACCCUGUCCCCAAGACCCAUCCCCUCAAAACCCCCUCCAUGCCUCCAGCCCUUUCCCCUCUCCCCCUCAUACCCCCCACUGGCCAGGCCAGCUCCCCAGAUGCUUCUUGAAGGCCCAAACCCCCAUAAAUCAAAACUGCUGCUCCAUUGUGAGCAAUAUCUUAUGUAAAAAGGUGUUUCCAGGGAGCACCCAAGGCUGGAGAAUCCUAUUACAAGGUACACUAUUAAUUAUAAGGAGUCAGGCCAACCUGCUCCAGCCAUUUUUUAUCCCAGCUCCAAAACCUGGCUGUUUUCUGCCUUCUGCAGACCUUCCCCUUCUGCAAAAAUAAAGGGAAAAAGGUCAGAGAAAAACACCCCCAAACUAGCAUCCAUGUUUGUCCUCUACAGCUUUGGCAAAGAGGUUUAUUCCCAGGGGCCUGGAGGGAACUGGGGGCUGUGGGGGGGUGUCCCCAGGACAGUGCCAUGGGAGGACAGACACAUGAGUGUGGGACUUGAAGUGAGUACCCCAAUGGGGAGCUUUGCCACCUGCUUGCCCUGAUGAAGGAGAGCUUGGGAUUUGGGUGCCAGAUGAGGGUUUGGGCUCCAAGGGGCUCAUGGGGGGUGCAGGUUACGUGGGGACACCCCAAGGGGGGUGGUAUGGCCCCCUCAGCUUGGGGAGUGGUCACCCCGUGGCUGGAGGCAGCUCAAACCCUGGGUGCUGGUGCCUUCCUGGGAUGGAUGGGGUGAUGGAGAGACCCUGAUCCUAGGUGCCAGGAGGGUGCUGGCUGUGAGGGGGACCCCUAUUUUGAUUCUGGUGCUGUACCUCAACUCUGGCUCUCCCUGCAAGACCAGCUCCAUGUCCUGUGACCUGAAUUGGACCCUUUAUGUGACACCCCAGCCAUCAGAAGGCUUCUGCCAGUGCCAAGCCACAGGUGGAUGUUUCCCAGGAUGGGCAAACCCAGGGCAGCAGCAGCCCUUGGCAUGUGACUUGGAGGAAGGUUUGGCUCCUGCUCCAAAGUUGCUUGAUGGCAGUUCCUGCUGAGCCCUGGCACAGGAGCUGGAAGCUUGGGGCACCCCAGCAUCAUCCCAAAUCCCUCCUGCAGCCUGUCCCCUCCCAGUGAUGGGGUGCCCCAGAAAACAGGGAUAUGACUUGGACAUAAUAACAGCAGCAGUGAGGCAUCUUGUGCUCCAUUUUAUAAUCCUCAAAAUGAUGUUGACAGAGAAAUAUUUAACAACAUCUUGCCCUGUCCUUAUAAAAAGGGCUCGUUCCCUGUUACUAGUGACAGCCUGGCAGGGGUGGAACAGGGGGGAGCUGCCCUCCUGCCUCAGUUUCCCCACCUGUUAAAAGGGCAGAAGGUUAAAAGGGGAGGGGGCAAUGGCUUUGUGCUGGCCCCAGCUCCUGGCUGAGAGAUCCCCUGGGGCUCAGCCUGGCUCGUUUGCCACCUUGUUAUUAAUGCUGGUAAUGGUAUAGGAAGGAUAAAUUCCCCCACUUGGCUGAACAGAGGAAAAUAUGCAGAGAAGUGGUUGGCUUUUCAUAAAUCAUUGGUGCUCUGUGCUACAACCCAGCCAGGACUUAAAAUUCAGGUCAGGAGAGAGGGACUCUCGUAAGCCAUCAGGGAAAGGUAAUUUAUUCUGUUUAUAUCUUUUUACUGCAAGAGAAGUCGGGGGUGGGGGGAACUCUGCCAUGAUUGUACAUUUUAAAUAUUAGCUCAGAACUGCAGCCUGCCUCAGACUUCCUUUUUGUACCUCAGGAAACAAGAGAGGGAAAGCAGGAGGUACUGAGGGGGAUACCCCUCCUCCUGCCUGCCCUCCGUGCCCCAUGGGGCAAAUAGGGGGUGGGGGGAAAGACCUCCCCUUGGUGUAGGUCCCCUGCUGACACCCCCGGGGGUGCUCUACCAGUCCUCGGGGGGAAUUUGGGGAGCACACACAAUAUCCUCCUCGGGAGGAAGAAUUUAUGCACUGGGGGUGGGGGUGAUGCUGAGCUGGGGAGUGCGGUGUGUGCCCCCCACCGUGGCCACACAUGGCAGGGAGGGAGAGAUUCUGGGCUACGGGCUGGCUGAUGCAGCGGCAUCACUUUGUAGAGGAGCCACAGCCUCUGCCAAGGGCAGCCCCUCCGGCAUCUCUCGUGGUGUUGUGUUACCUUAAAAACAGAACAACAAGGAAAGGGACCAGGUGACCGAACAGUAGGUAACUAAAAGGUUUUUUAUUCACAUUGAACAACAAGAGCCAUUCACACUGACCCGAGGCAGCGGGCACAGGAAACCCACGACGCUUUCCCAAAACAACUUUUAUUUCCUUUCCAUUUCCCCUCCUUUUCUUUUCUUUCCACACCCCUCUCUACCCUCCCCCCCCCCCCACCUCCCCUGUGCCACCCCCUCCCUGCCUUCAAGAUAGAAAAAAUCGGGAGCCUCCGGUAACUAAAGUACAAUAAAUAAUCAGUAAACACAAAAA